AUGAAUUACAACAAUUCAGUACUUAUAGGCAAUUGGAGUGAAGAGAGGCUUAAAAAUGAGUACGAUUUUAAGAUAUUUCUUAGAAAACGAGAUAGACGAGAGCUGUUGCUUCAGCGUUCAAGAACUUUAUUCAGCAAUUUACUAAAAGAGAGGCCCCUUGCUAUAAGUGGCACUUUUGUUCUUUUUGGAUUUAAUGUUCAAGUGGUUGCAUCUGAUAUGCCUGUCCAGAAAGGUUCAGUUGGAAAACCUCAGUAUGGAUUGGCUUUAUCUUCUUUAGUCAACGAGCGUCAGGUGGAUUUCAUGCAAAAUAUUAACGACGGUUGUCUCAUGACUUUAUCACCGAUUACUACGCCCUGUUGUAGGAACACUUUUGUUAUACUCAGUACGGAAGAUACAAGUCUCCACGGGGUUAAAAUGAAUUAUGGUGACGAAUUUUUACUAAGAGCAGAAAACUAUGGAGAUCCACAGGCUGCUCCCUUGUACGUGCGAUAUACGCCAGAAGGUGUGCCGGGUCCUGCAGACAGAAUGCCGAUCCAGCUUAGUGCUAUAUUAGAUAGCAAUUGUCGAUGGACUACUAUGCCUCUCCUUCCUUGCGAUCGUCUUGAAGGACUUGGCAGUCCGAUUAAGACAAAUGCGAAACUUGUCAUAAAAAAUUGCGUUGCCGAUAAAAGUUUAUGCGUCAUGAAUCAAAAUUGGAUGCAAACAUUUUUUGGUCCAGAAUGUGGGGUAACGUGUAGGGAUUACAUCGACAUUCAUGGGCGGUACACGGCUGAAAAUAUAUUUUCCUUAGUCAGCGAUGUGGAGACUAAGAAGAAGGAUUAA